AUGUCAGUUAGUAAACUGUUAUUUCUGCCUAGACCUACUAGCAAAUCCAAGUUGCGAUUUCAAGAUGUUUAUUUUCGUCCUUGUUUCCAUAGCUUUUCCCUCCUUCCUUAUACUCAGUUGUCUGUGCGGUGCCCUUCAGCGAAUAUUCCGACCAUUUAAAGCAUUCAUAGGAGUUUUCCGGUCCGUCAACAGAUGGGGGACACGAAGUGGAGAAUUAGCCGUGGACAAGGGAAGAAAAGUUUUAAAUAGUAAAAAAGCAUUAGUAAAAGAAAAAGCUCAUGGAGCCAAGAAAAAGAUACAGAAAGAGAGUAAGAAGCUCAGUGAAGCGAGUUUAGCCCGGUUAGCUAAAUAUGGAAUCACCCU